AUGAAAUUUCAUGGAUACGAGAGCGGUUUCGCUAAGCACGAGAAACAGGAAGUCGGGAAAUACUACCAGCAGGGUCUCCAGGUUCCUGAGGACGUGACGCUGCUCUGGACUGACGAUAACUUUGGCAAUCUCCUGCGCACGCCGUACCCCAACGAGACAUCGCGCACGGGAGGUGCUGGAGUAUAUUACCACGUAAACUAUGUUGGCCGCCCCAAGAUUUAUGAGUGGAUCGACACCAUCCAGUUGGUCAAGACGUGGGAGCAGAUGCACCUCGCCUAUGAGAAAGGGGCUAGGGAGGUUUGGAUUGUGAAUGUGGGAGACAUCAAGCCUCUGGAGAUACCCAUGACCCAUUUCCUCGACAUGGCCUACGACAUGUCUCUACACCUCACGCCGACGAGCACGACAGCCUGGCUCGAAACGUGGACAUCAAGGACGUUCUCCCCAGACAUCGCGUCAGCCGUUGCGGACAUCUUGAACCGAUACGGCCGGCUGGUCAGCCGACGAAAGUACGAGACGCUCAACAUGCCGCCGUUCGUGUACAGCACGCUCUUUUACGACGAGGCUGCCACGGCUCUUGAGGAGUGGGAGACUCUAUUAGAAGAUACCUUGAGGGUCUACGAGGGACUCGGUGAAACAUGGAGAGACGCGUUUUACCGAAUGGUUUUACACCCCGUAGAGGCUGGGAGGACGGUCAACGAGUUGUAUACCAAGGCCGAGAUGGGAAAGCUGUAUAAAACGCAGCGGCGGACGGCAACGAAUCGCCUUGCUACGGAGGCGAGGGCGGCCUUUGCCCGGGAUAAAGAAAUCUCGGCAGAGUACAACGGGAUCAAUGGGGGCAAGUGGAAGGGGAUCAUGUGUCAGGUGCAUAUCGGGUAUACACUGUGGUAUGAACCGAGCAGCGACGUGAUGCCGAACCUGGAGUAUGUCAGUGAUGCGGAUGUGCCAGCGUCCGGGAUCAUGGGAGUUGCUGGGCAGGGUGCGGUGGGUGAUGUGGAUGAGAGGGAGAUAAUCUUGUUAGAGAUGGAUCCGUACUUGCCGCCCGGGCAGAGUCGGUGGAUUGACGUAUUUUGCCGUGCGAAUGGGACAUUUGAGUGGCGGAUUGAGUCGAACGUGUCGUGGGUCGGGAUGGACAAGGAUGAGGGGACGCUUGAGGCUUCUGGGGAUAUGGAUGAGGCGCGGGUGAACAUCGAGGUGGAUUGGUCUUCUGCCCCCAAAGGGCGUAGCACCGCUGCACUAACCGUUCAGAGGAAUGACACAGAGGAUGCGGUCACGGCUUUACUUCCCAUCUUCAAUCCUCCAGUUGUCAAGGAGGACCUGGUCGGACGCUCGACUGAGUCUGGCGGCGUGGUAUCCAUCGAAGCAGCGCAUUUCUCUGCCCUCGAAACGAAUAACGGGGUUUCGUACGUCGAAGUCCCAUUCUACGGCAAGACACACUCGGGAGUCAAACUUUGGCCCGUAGGUGUCGAGUCGUUGACUCAAUCCACAGCGCCGAAGCUGCGAUACGACUUCUUUACAUUUACCGAAUAUCAAGACGUCAAGACAUGA